AUGGGGUCGGAACUCGGAGUCACGGCCGAUUCCAAGGCAGAGCCUCUCAUCACUUCGGUCACCACCUGGUGGUCGUGCUGGGCCUGCAUCUGGACGGUCAUCAUCGUGAGCGGCAUUGCGUUUCUAAUCGUCAACCGUAAAGCGCCUGUUCUCCGCGUCCGAGGUCUCGGUCUGUCGCUCGCUGCUAUCGUUACGCUUCAUUUGUACUGGAUCACCAUUCAAAUCGGUCUCAUGCUUGGUCCUCUUAUGCCCGGUGACGCCGAAUUUUGGGUUAUGGGUAUCUACCUGCCGCUUGGUAUCGCCUUGUUCCACGCUUCCAACAGUCGCUUCCUCCAUGUCGCCAAGGCUCAGAAGAAAUACACCCAGCGAGACAGCACUCUUGAAUCGCCUUCCGACUCGAAAAAGGGCAGCUUGAUUAAUCGCUUUCGCCAUCUCGACUACUCUAAGAAGAUGAUCGUUGUCGUUGGUAUCGGAAUGCUGGUUCAGGUAUUCCUCACAACCUUGAUGUGGAUCAUUUCCCGCAAGUGGCACAGCUCCUGGGGUGCUCCCGGCACUGCAGUUCACGGUACCCCGAUGGAGCAAAAGGCUGAGAUGGGUCGUGGCUGGGAAUGGUGGCCUACUGUGGUCUGGCAGUUCUUCUGGGCCUGGAUUGUCGCGCCCAUCAUUCUCUGGAAAUCUCGUAACAUCCACGACACCCAUGGCUGGAGGGUUCAGACCAUUGCUUGCGCCAUUGGAAACCUCCACGCUACCCCGAUGUGGCUUAUCGCCAUAUACGUUCCCGCCAUGGAGAAGGUCAACCAGUACUGGCUGCCUCCGCAAUGGAUCUGCCUUUCCAUUUAUGUCGUGGAAAUCUUCACCAUUUUUCUCCCCUGCUACGAGGUCAUCCGCGACCGCUCUCUCCGCAAGGAAACCCUCGACACGAUCGCGCAAUGGGAAUUCAAGAACAAGGUCUCCGGCUCCGAAGCCAAAUCCAUCAACUCCGCCUCCAUCAUGGCUGAGUCCCUGAUAUCCCGCAGCAACUCCGUCAAGACCACCGACUCCAGCGAGAGUAUCCUGACUAUGGGGGCUCUCGAGUAUGUCCUCGAGCGCCAUCCCACUCCCCUUCUGGAAUUCUCUGCUCUGCACGACUUCUCCGGUGAAAACAUCGCUUUCCUCACCAGCGUCACUGAGUGGAAGAGCUCGCUCCCCAAGGCCGUCUACAGCACCACCCCUCGCGGCGACAACGUCAAGGAACUGAUCCGUGAACGUUUCAACCGCGCUCUCCGCAUCUAUGCCGAGUUCGUGAGCGUCCGCCACGCCGAUUUCCCCAUCAACAUCUCCUCGCAAGAGCUCAAGACACUCGAGAACAUCUUCGAGACACCAACUCGCAUCAUGUACGGCGAGAAGCGCGAGGUCGACGUAACCACCCCCUUCGUCGAGUCGCCCCUCUCCGCCACUUUCCCACCAGAGGGUGAUGGCGAGGGCUCUGACUCUGAGAAGACAGUCCAGAGCACCUCUUCGGGGCCUAUUGAGGACCGCGUGCAGUACUGGGGCGAUGUUCCGGAGGGGUUUGAUGAGACUGUCUUUAACGAUGCGGAGAAGAGCAUUAAGUAUCUUGUUCUUACCAACACUUGGCCUAAGUUUGUUAAGAACCAGAGGGACUCGAUCCAAUCGGCUGAUACCCUGUGUUAA